AUGAUAUUAACAAAUAAUUAACAGAUAUAAAUUGUUAUCACUAUUAAACUGUUGAGUAUUGUAUUAAUGAAAUAGAAAACAAUAUUAGAAAUGAAAAAAUCCUUAUUGAAUUUCAGCGUUUGUUAAAAUAAGUCCAUCUAUAAAAUAUAGAUAAUUAAUAAACAAUUAAAUCAAAUAAACAAAUAAAAUUUAAUCUCGUUGCAGAAUUGACCUAAGAAAAUUGGUGUGGUGUGAUUGCGUUCAAUGAAUAAGGGUCAAUUAUGGUAAGUGGGUAUGAUUAGGAUAUUAAGGUUUGGAAAUUAAAAGAAAGUUUACCUAUAGGUUCAGGUCAUAUAUUGAACGGUCACAACAAUUAGGUUUAUUCAAUAGUUUUUAGCAAAAAAUUCAACUGGUUUAUAUCUAGAUGCAGUGGGGAUGAUAAACUAAUAUCUUGGAAAGAAUCUAGAAAUUCUGAUUAAUGGGAAUCCUUCAAAUCUUCAGAAACUGUUUCUACUGAUUGGUGUUUGAUCUUAAGUGAAAAAGAAAAUUAAUUAUUUUCAAGUCAUGAUGAUGGAUCUAUCGGAAUUUGGGCAGUGAGUUACCUUAACAAUUAAAUUAUAUUUGAAUAUUCACUUUAGAUGCACAAUUCAUUUGUAUAUUAA